AUGACGAAAGAGAUACCAUCUCCUCCUACCCUGCCAAUCCUCGGGAAUCUCCUCAAUAUAAUGCAUGCGACUGGUUCCGGGGAGGAUGCAAGAGAUGCGGGUCCUAUCAAAGCAUUGGAAAGACUUGCCGACCAGUAUGGACCAAUCUACAAGCUCCAAUUGAACGGCCAAGAGAGGAUUGUGUGCGCCAGUUACGAUCUGUUUGAGGAGCUGUGUGAUGAGACACGAUUCUACAAGACACCAGGGCCUGCUCUGCAGUCAUUGCGAACGGAACUGCCCCCAGGCUUGUUCGUGGCACCAACUGAGAACCACCCGGACUGGAGGCAGGCCCACAGGAUUCUCAUGCCCGCUUUUGGCCCACUGGCUAUUCGAAACAUGUUCGAUGAGAUGCAUGACGUUGCGAGCCAGCUUGUCCUAAAAUGGGCCCGUAGAGGCCCAGAGUACAAGAUUGCUGUCACUGAGGACUUUACACGCCUGACCUUGGAUACCAUCGCUCUCUGCGCUAUGGACUUCCGAUUCAAUUCCUUCUACCAUGACGAAAUGCAUCCAUUUGUUUCGGCAAUGCUCGGCGUUCUUUCGUCCGGUUUGAGGCGACAGCGAACACCGAAGCUCAUUCAGAAGUUUCAAUGGUCGGAAAACGAGCAACUGGCUAAAGAUAGCAGUUAUCUAAAGGAGGUGUCCAAAAACAUAGUGAGACACCGCCGCGAAAACGCAUCAGAUAAAAAAGACCUGCUCAAUGCCAUGUUGAACGGCAAGGACCCCAAGACUGGGGAAGGCAUGCGAGAUGAUCUGAUUGCCUCGAACAUGAUCACAUUCCUAAUUGCUGGUCAUGAAACUACAUCGGGUCUCCUAUCUUUCGCAUUUCAUAACAUGUUGAAGAACCCAGUUACCUACUUCAAGGCCCAACAAGAAGUAGACAGAGUCAUAGGCAGGGGCAAAAUUACGGUCGAUCACCUCAAGGACUUCCCAUAUAUCAACGCAAUUCUUCGGGAAACUCUUAGGCUCACUCCGACGGCACCUGCCUUUACUCGCGGUGUUCGGCCUGAGAAUAAAGAAGACAUCCCUAUAGUUGGAGGAUACAAAAUCAAGCGGGAGUGGAGCGUACUUUGCUUGAUAGCCAAAAUUCAGAAAGACCCGAAGAUUUACGGAGAAGACGCCAAUGAGUUCCGUCCAGAACGAAUGCUGGAUGAAGAGUUCAAUAAAUUGCCAAAAGCGGCAUGGAAGCCAUUUGGGACCGGCAUGAGGGCUUGCAUCGGCCGACCAUUCGCUUGGCAAGAAGCUCUGCUUGUCACCGCACUUCUCCUCCAGAACUUUGAUUUCAAAAUGGAUGAUCCAAAUUACAAAAUGAGGAUCAAGUCCAACCUGACCAUUAAACCGAAGGGGUUCUACAUGAGAGCUUCUUUGCGAGAGGGAAUUACCCCCAUAACCCUCCAACAUACCCUUUCGGCGUCAAAAGAUGAUGGUGAAAAGUAUACUAACGUCAGUAAUUCGGCACAACCAGCAGAAGAGCUAAGCGGUAAGCCUAUGACCAUUCUAUAUGGUUCUAAUACAGGGACUUGCCAGUCUUUCGCCCAGAAGCUCGCGACUGAUGCACGUAUAUAUGGAUACCAAGCAUCAGUCAAGGACAUGGACUCUGGAGCGAGCAUACUUCCCACCGAUCAACCAGUCGCCAUCAUUACUGCGAGCUAUGAGGGUCAGCCUCCGGACAAUGCAGCUCAGUUUGUUGCUUGGCUUGAGUCGAUGGAAGAAGGACAGCCCUUGAAAGGAGUUUCCUUUAGCGUUUUUGGCUGUGGCCACAAAGACUGGGCCUCAACAUUCCACCGCAUUCCUAAGCUAGUAGAUAAUGCGCUCGAGAAACUUGGUGGCGAACGCUAUGUUGAGCGCGGUUCAUCGGAUGGAUCCCAAGGUGAUAUGUUCUCUGAUUUCGACCAAUGGGCUGAGACGAAAUUCUGGCCAGCCAUACUUUCGAAGUUUGGAGCCGGAGAUGCAUUAGGAAAUACUCAAGAGAUUCAAGUCAACAUGGAAAUCUCGACGACAACUCGCGCGUCGCAGCUUCAGCAUGAUGUCGAACAAGGCAAGGUCACCGCAGCCAAAGUACUGACGGCACCCGGGGAGCCGGAGAAACGACAGCUAGACGUGAAGCUGCCUGAGGGAAUGGAGUAUGAGGCAGGCGACUAUCUUGCCGUGCUACCGCUGAACCCGGAUGGGAGCGUUCGUCGUGUUCUCAAACGAUAUUCCUUGCCAUGGGAUGCGGUUGUGACGAUCAAAGCUGGAGGUCCAGUGACCCUGCCAGCCAACCAGGCAGUAUCGGCGUUCGAUCUGUUAAAGGGGUUCGUCGAGCUGUCCCUACCGGCAACGAGGAAGAACAUACAGACACUGAAAGGCUUUACCUCUGACCCAGAGACUUUAGUCACACUAGAAAUCCUCUCCGGUUCCAACUAUCACACUGAAAUCAUCACCAAACGUCUCAGUAUCCUUGACAUCCUCGAUCUGCACGCCGCCAUCAAUCUUCCAUUCCCGGAGUUCCUCGCGAUGCUGCCACCAAUGCGACCACGACACUACUCCAUCUCCUCUUCACCCCUCAAAGACCCGACAACCUGCAGCAUAACCUAUGGCGUCAUCAACGCCACCUCCCUCGCAGGAACCGGUCGCUUCCAAGGCGUCGCAGGCACAUACCUCAGCUCUCUAUGCUCUGGCGACGCCAUUUCUGUCUCCGUCCGAUCUGCUACCCGUGCUUUCCACCUCCCUGCAGACCCAUCCACUACCCCUAUCAUCAUGUUCUGUAACGGCACCGGCCUCGCGCCAUUCCGCAGCUUUGUGCAAGAGCGUGCUACUCAGAUCGCUUCAAACCCCCAUAUCGCUCUCGCACCUGCUAUCUUGUUCAUUGGCUGUCGCGCCAAAUCUGCCGACUCUAUUUACGCGGAAGACUUCGCGCAAUGGGCCAAAGCGGGUGCGGUGGACAUCCGGUACGCAUUUAGUCGUGAGCCGAGCCAUCCUGAAGCUGCAGGUUGUAAGUAUGUGCAAGACCGCAUGUUGCGGGAUAAGAAGGAUGUGUUUGAACUGUGGGAUAACGGCGCAAAGGUCUUUCUUUGUGGGUCUCCGGGGAUGGUAGAGGGUAUUAAGAGGACGGCAAGGGUGUUGGUGGAGGAGAGGAGGGGAGUAAUGGGGAAGGAUGUGGGAGAGGAUCAAGUUGAGGGGUUUUUUAGGAGUAUGAGGAAUGAAAGGAUUGCUGUUGAUGUUUUUGCUUAG